AUGGCUUGGAGAUGCACGGGGUCGACGAACACCGAACUUCUUCUCAACAUGAGAAAGAGCGAGAUCAUCAAAUCUGACCGAGUGUUCGCGGCGAUGACCAAGGUCGAUCGGUCGAAGUACGUCCGUAACCCUUCCGCCGCCUACCAAGAUUCUCCCCAACUCAUUGGUCACGGCGCAACGAUCUCCGCCCCGCACAUGCAUGCCUAUGCGGCGGAACAUCUCCUUCCUUACCUUCACUCGAACGCGCGCGUGCUCGACGUUGGCUCGGGCUCGGGCUACCUCUGCGCCGUGCUUUGGCAGCUCCUCGCAGACGAUGGCCACGCGGGCUCAGAAUUCACGGCCAAGGUCGUUGCCAUCGAUCACAUUGAUGAGCUUGUUUCCUGGUCAGUCGACAACCUUCGCCGGGACGGGCUCGGACGGGAGGUCGACCAAGGGCAUAUCAGGGUCAUUGCCGGGGACGGGCGCAAAGGCGUACCUGAAGAUGGUCCAUACGAUGCCAUCCACGUUGGGGCUGCUGCACCGACGGUGCCCGAUGCCCUCAUAGAGCAGUUGGCGGCGCCUGGGCGGAUGUUCAUCCCGGUUGGAACUGAGAAGCAGCAGAUCAUGCAAAUCGACAAAGACGCGGAAGGGCGAGUUACAGAGAAGGCAGUGCUCGAUGUGGGGUAUGUGCCAUUGACUGACAGGGAGAAGCAGAUUGCUUCGAUGAGGUAUUGA